UGAAACACCAAUUUUUCUAACCGAAAACCUUCUUUAGGAGAGACCUCAAAUUUCAGUCUUCAUAGAGCGCCUAAACUCAAAUUUUCCAGCCCACGAACCCUAACCGGAAAUUUCCAGAUCGAAAAUGGAUUCUUCGAGUUCAUCAACUAGUAUCGCUGCUGUUAGUGAGAAGCAAAAGAAAAUGUCUCACGUUGAAGCGAAGGGGUUUGUGGAUGAGAUGAGGGUUGUGGCUAUGAAAAUGCACACCAAAGAUCAAGCUAAGGAGGGAGAAAAAGAGUCAAAUGAACAAGAGCCAGAAGGGCAGCCUCUCUCCAAAUGGGAGCCUAGCAUCGAAGGAUACUUGAAGUUUUUGGUGGAUAGCAAAUUGGUUUUUGAUACUUUGGAGAAGAUUGUGGAGAACCCUCAUUUCACUGAAUAUGCAGAGUUCCGAAACACUAGAUUGGAAAGGUCGGAAAGGCUUGCCAAAGAUUUAGUAGGGUUGAAGGAAAAAUAUCGGGCCAUUCCAGAGCCAUCUACACAUGGUAUUAACUACGCUCAAUAUUUGAAAGAGAUAUCAGAAAAUGACACUCAAGCAUUUAUGUGUCACUUCUACAACAUAUAUUUCGCUCAUUCCGCUGGUGGGCGGAUGAUAGGAAGGAAGGUGGCUGAAAAACUACUCAAUAAGGAGGUGCUGGAAUUCUACAAGUGGGAUGGGGAUCUCUCACAACUCUUGCAAAAUGUUAGGGACAAGCUCAACAAUAUUGCACAAAGCUGGACAAGAGAAGAGAAGAAUCACUGCUUAGAAGAAACUGAGAAAUCAUUCAAGUUCUCGGGGGAUAUCCUUCGCUUAAUAUUGUCCUAAUUAAUUAACCCAAAAGGGUACUCCUUAUGUCCCACACAUAAUAAGUAUCUUUGUUGUACUAAAAUAAUACACAUAAUUAUUUUCGGACGAAGGAAGUAUUUUCUUUGGGAGCGCGAAUCUCUAUUAGUUGUAAUAUACUGUAGGCCAACCGCCCUUAUGAAGUCAAUCUUAUUAUCUGUUUUACCGAGGUUUUCAGUUGGUUCCCAACCUAUGUUUUCGCUUCACUCUCCCACUUAAUCUCUAUGAGUGCCUUCUGAGCAUCUCCCUUCCAGACACUAUCCAGCAGAGUUAUAGACGGCUAAUCAAAUUAGACCUAUUGAGUUAUUGGGAUUUGGUUUUGUAUAUUUUAUAUAGAUUAUAAGAUGGGGCUGAAUUGUGAAAUUACCAUGUACAUGUGAUGGGUUUUACUCCGUUUGAAUAUGAUUUUCAGUGAUU